AUGGCGGGUGGGGUAAUAAUGCCGUUACAAACAGGUCAGGUGUACAAUGGCGAAGGAGAAAACCUUUAUGGCACACCAUUACAAACAGAUCAAACGGUACACUCGAAAUCCAGCAACGAAGGCCAAACAGGGGAUGUGCCACCUCAAAUGCAAGCCAGAAUUUGGCAGGCCGUUGCAACUCGUUUCAUUUCUUCCUCUGCUCAAUGGCAUCUUAAAUCCCCAGUUGUUCCUCUCGAAACUCAACGACUUUGUUCUUAUUUGUCCAUCUCUGAGGAGAAAGCAGAAACACCUUCGGAAGAAGAAAAGAAAGGAGAAGCCAUGCUUGUCCACAAUCCCAAUGUGUGUUAUAAUCUCACUGUAAAAAACGCCAAUCAAGUAUGGAAAACCAGUGAUAUCUAUGGAUCCGAACUUCCGAUUCUGGCCGUGCAAUUGUUUUGGACCAUAUUCGUCACUCGCAUUUUCAUCAUCAUCGCUAGACCCUUGCACCUCCCUAGUCUUGUUGCUGAAGUUAUUGCCGGUUUCAUGCUCAGCAUGGAUAUACUAGGGCAAAUACCGAUAAUGCUUCACCUUCUUUUUCCUGUUCGAGGGAUUUUAGAUGUUAACGUGAUGAGCAGUUUAGGUUUAAUCUUCUACGCCUUCUUAACUGGCCUGCAGAUGAACUUAGACAACGUCCUACGAGCAUCAAAGAAGGCCUUUAGCAUUGCCGUGUCUGGUGUUAUCAUUCCAAUGGUAAUGGGAGCGAUCAUAUUUGCUCUGCAUCAAAAAACUUACACCCUUCAGAUUGAUGAAACCAUUGAAAAUGAUCCAGUUAAAGCUUGCUUGUUAUGGUCAAUAUGUCUUACAGUCACGGGUUUUCCCUUGCUCGCUGAAAUCCUCGCCAGCCUCAAGCUCCUCUAUACCGAGCUAGGAAGAUCAGCCUUAGAUGCGGCCAUAGUUAGUGACUCUUUUUCUUGGCUUCUGUUUAUGUUAGUGAUUCCAUUUACCCUUAACCAUGGAGCUGGAGCAAUGUACACUGUUGUGGGUACCAUAGCAUUCAUCACUUUCUGCAUUGUUGUGGUACGUCCUGUCAUUUCUCCAAUUAUUGAUCAAAAAACCGACCGGGAAGAAUGGAAUGAUCAUCAGCUACUGUUUCUGCUGAUGGGAACUGUGAUGUGUGCAUAUAUUACAGACAUCCUAGGCUCUGGCAUUGUUGGGGCUUUUGUGUUUGGAUUGAUUCUGCCUCAUGGGAGAUUCACUAAUGUAAUGAUGUCUGCAGCAGAUGAUUUUGCUUCUGGCGUUCUAGCACCUCUGGUGUUUUUUGGUUCUGGAAUGAGAAUCGACUUGACAAGUGCUCUAUCUCACAAAAAUUGGACAUUUUCAGUUAUGGUUAUUGUCUUAUUAUGCAUCCCAAAGAUUCUCAGCACUUUGAUCGCUACUUUUGCUUAUGGUAUUCCUUUUCGAGAUGGUUUGAGUCUUGGAGUGCUUAUGAACACCAAAGGCGUCAUGGCUCUGAUCAUGCUCAAUAUUGGUUGGGACAGAGAGAUUUUGGCAAUUUCAUCCUAUUCAAUUCUAGUCACUGCUGUUGUGAUAAUGACUAUAGCAACUUCAGUUAUCACCAAUAUUGCUUACAGACCAAGAAAGCAAUGUAAGAUGAACAAAAUGAGAACAGUACAAAAUUCAAGACUUGAUACAGAACUUCGAAUUUUGGCCUGUGUGCAUAACAAUCGCCAUGCCAGUAGCAUGGUGAAGAUCCUUGAAUGCUUCCAUGCCUCAGGAGUUUCCCCUCUCUAUGUUGGUGCACUUUACCUUGUUGAGCUUACAAGUCGUGGCGCUUUCGUGCUUCUUGAUCACAUGAGCCAACAUGUUUCUCCCCUAGGAACACAGUACCAUAGUCAAUCACAAGCUGAGCUCGAAGGCAUAAACAACACCUUCCAAGAAUUAGCCGGGUCAAAUGAUGCCGUUCAAGUUGAAACAUUCAAUAUUCUAUCAAGCUAUAAAACCAUUCAUGAAGACAUAUGGAACACAGCAAAUGAAAAACACACUAACCUUAUCCUCCUCCCUUUUCACAAGCAGGUCAACACAGGAGGCUGUCUAGAAAUGUUGAAUAGUGCAUACAAAGACAUAAACUACAAUAUCAUGCAAGAACCACCUUGUUCUGUGGGGAUCUUCAUUGAUCGAGGCGUAUUCCCACUAUCCAAAACCACUUGUCGUAUUCUCAUGAUCUUCGUCGGUGGACCCGAUGAUCGUGAAGCCUUAGCUGUUGCCUGGAGAAUGGCAACUUAUCCCGGCGUUCACCUCUCAUUAGUGAGGAUGCUAUACCAUACAGGUAUGGAAGUUGAGUUGGAAUCAAAUCGGAUAUCAUCCACAGUUCUGGAUAGUUCCAAGCAAAAAAAUCUGGAUGAUGAGUAUGUGGACUUAUUUAGAAUCAAGGCAAUACACAAUGAAGACUCCAUAAGUUACUCAGAGAAGGAAUUUCAUGUGGGUGAGGAUAUUCCCGAAUUACUAAAUGAGCUAGACCAAGGUGAUUAUCAUCUUUACAUAGUGGGACAAGGAAGAGGGAGGAACUGUGUGUUAUUCUCAGGUCUCAUGGAAUGGUGUGAUUGCCCUGAGCUUGGAGCAAUAGGGGACAUAUUGGCAUCCAACAGUUUUGGUUCUAAAUCUUCUGUGCUUAUUGUGCAGCAAUAUGGAUAUGAUGGAACUAUUUCCGGAAAUGCUGUUCAGAAACAUCCAAAUGAUCAGGAAACAAAGGAAGAUGGAUUCGGUACGCUUAUUAAUCAUGUCUGA